GAUCUGAAAGCAUCAAACGUGUAGUUUCGUCUACCAAAACGCUUGGCGUCAUAGUAGAUGAAAGCAUCACCUGGAAAGACCACAUUGAUAAGGUAGCAAAAAAAGCCUCGAAAGGAAUUGGAAUACUGAGACGAUCUAAAGACUUACUUGACAAAGAUACUCUUAAAACUAUUUAUAGCGCUUUUGUUUUACCGCAUUUUGACUAUUGUGCGUUGGUAUGGGAUAAUUGUUCCAAAACCUUGCAAAAGAAACUACAAAUGCUACAAAAUAAAGCAGGUCGAAUAAUCACAGGUGAUUGCUACGAAACACCUUCUGAUGCCGUCACUCGUUGGGACAGCUUACAGGAAAGGAGAGAGAAACAACUAGAAACUUUAAUGAUACAAAUAAUGAAAGGAAAUUCACUUGAUUACCUCCGGGAGUUUUUUACUAUUUCUUCUAAUCAAACGUAUCAAUUAAGAAGUAACAACCACCGAACCACGUUCUCUACUUGCCUAAACCCAACACUAGCGCUUUAA